AUGAGCAGCCAAACCGGACGCACAAACUUCAGUCCUUCUCUCGUUCCCAUCACCAUGCUUUACACUCCAUUGGCUUCUUUCGUUUCUCUCUUCUAUCUCCCAUGGCUUCUCAGCCUUCUUCUCCUUCCGUUCAACCUCAUGCCUCGCCACCAGAGCCAAGCCCUCUGAGGAAAAUUGCUGCCGCCGCCUCUAUUGCGGCUGGGAUUCAAUUCGGAUGGUCUAUUCAGCUCUCCUUGCUAACUCCCUAUGUUCAGCUUCUCGGUAUUCCACACACUUGGGCUGCUUUUAUAUGGCUCUGUGGUCCUAUCUCCGGUAUGUUGUUUCAACCGAUUUUCGGUUACCACAGUGACCGCUGCACCUCCCGGUUCGGCCGCCGCCGCCCGUUUAUCGCGGUUGGUGUACUCGCUGUCGUCAUCGCCGUUCUCUUGAUCGGUUUUGCCGCUGAUCUUGGCCACCGGUUCGGGGACUCACUGGAUAAGAAAACGCGGCCACGGUCCGUCGUUGUCUUCGUCGUCGGAUUCUGGAUCCUCGACGUGGCCAAUAACAUGAUUCAAGGUCCGUGCAGAGCUCUAUUGGCAGACCUCUCCGCCGGCGACCACCGGAAGACGCGGACCGCGAACGCGUUUUACUCGUUCUUCAUGGCCGUCGGAAAUGUCCUUGGAUACGCCACCGGAUCCUACAGUAAGCUCCACCAUAUGUUUCCGUUCACGAAAACCAAAGCCUGUGACGUGUACUGCGCGAACCUGAAGAGCUGCUUCUUCGUCUCCAUGGCUCUUCUGCUCAUUCUCUCAAUCGUCGCUCUCACGUCUGCGAAGGAGCUCAGGGCAAUUCCGUCGUUUCGGCAUGACGGGGAUGAUACGGUGGGUGAGGGGUCAGGGAGCUUACGGUAUUUCAAACGACUGUUGGGUGCUGUUCGGGAGCUCAAGAGGCCGAUGUGGAUUUUACUCCUGGUGACGUGUCUUAACUGGAUUGCUUGGUUCCCCUUUUUGUUGUUCGACAGUGAUUGGAUGGGAAGGGAAGUGUACGGGGGAAAGGUUGGGGAAGGUGAGGCGUACGAUAAGGGCGUGCGCGCAGGUGCAUUGGGUCUUAUGCUCAACUCUCUGGUGCUGCUUGUGGCGUCGCUGGGCAUGGAGGUACUGGUGCGUGGGCUUGGAGGCAUGAAGAAGUUAUGGGGGAUCGGAAACUUCAUGCUUGCUGUGUGUUUGGCCUCGACAGUGCUUGUUACCAAGUUGGCUGACCGAUCACGACAGUUCCCCGUCGGCCCCGACGAUCCUCCACGACUGCCCGCCGGUGUUAAAGGCGCCGCUUUGGCAGUCUUCAUGCUACUAGGCAUCCCCCUCGCAAUUAAUUACAGUGUUCCUUUUGCUCUAGCAGCCAUUUACUCGAGCUCCUCCGGGACUGGCCAAGGAUUAUCGAUGGGAGUUCUAAACCUUGCCAUUGUGAUACCACAGAUGAUUGUAUCAGUGGUAAGUGGACCAUGGGAUGCGUUGUUUGGCGGAGGAAACUUGCCGGCGUUCGUGGUGGGUGCGACGGCCGCUGCGGCUAGCGGUAUUUUAUCAAUUGUUUUGUUGCCGUAUCCUCCGUUGAAGUUGCCAAAGCGGACACCCACAACCACAGCUGAUGACGCAGAGAUUGUCACCAGUAAAAAUAAUUAAUUAUUAUUUAUUUUCCUCUUUUCUUUUCAAACCAUAUUACUUUUAACUUCUGGAAUUUCGAAACUAUCUUACUUAUCUACGGUCAAUUAUUGUCAGACAACAUUAUCAUUAACAACUUACUAAUAGAUAUUAAGUUUGGUGAAA